ACAGUGUCAUAAAAAAACACAAAAUAAUGUCUGUGAGGUAAACAACAGUCGUGAUAUCUUUCUUUUUUAUGAAAAGGCCAAAUCGUUCUGUCUCUGGUUCAUUCGACAGUCGAACAAUUACACGAGUAACUUAGGGCGUAGUCAGUUUUCUAACUUCUUCUGUGAAAUAACGUGUAUAUCAAUGUAAAAUAAAGCAAGCUUAGAUAAUUGCUUUUCCCGACAACGGAGUUUUACAUAGACCUCAUCGAAACCAACCCCUAGUUUUCAUCGAUGUGCAACUGAAGUGCAACCUACAAAGAUCGAGAAACAAUGACGGCUCAGCAAAAAUUCAAAGUAUUCUGUAUUACUUGCAGCAUUUUGGCUCUUGUGCAAUUAGUCUUGUUGAUAUCAAGAGGCCAUACGUACAGCCACAAUCUUCAAGUCUAUCUUGGUUUGGGGAUCGGAAUGUCGAUAUGUGGAUCUUUAUUAACAUUCAACAUGUGCAUCCAGUACUGCAGUCCCUUCAUCUCUAUCCAAAUAUUCAUUCUCAAGUAUGCUUUUUAUUGGAUGCUGUGGCUGAUGAAGCGAAAACACUUCAAUGCUUUCCAAAAGAGCAAUGAGGACUGUACAAAGGCCCAGACAGAGUUCCUCUUGAGGACAAUCCGGACGCACAAGGACACCGAGUAUGGCAAAGAUUUCAACCUGAAGGACAUCACUACCGUAGAAGAUUUCAUCAAGACACAUCCCUUGACAACCUACAACCAUUAUCGAAGUUACAUCAAGCGGGUAGCCAAGGGGGAGCAAGGAAUCAUGUUCCAUCAAAAGCCCAGUGUCCUUGGCAAGACCUCGGGCACUACAGGUCUGGCCAAAGUGUUUCCGGUUACCGAGGAAUACAUGAAAGCCAUCACUAGGAAGGGGAAUGCGAUCACGUCAACCCUUCGGAAUCGCGCUGGCAUUCCGGAUCCAGGACCCUUACAAAUGACAUGUUCGCUUUUAGCCCAUGGUGCGAUCGGUUUCUCAGAAGGGGGCACCCCUGUCGGGUCGGUGACCCGGUUCAUGAUGUCCGAUGCCAUGCGGGAGAUACUAUUCUGCACACCAUCGCUUGGAUCCAGCAUCGUACACGAGCCAACUUCUAUGUACAUUCACGCCCUUUUCGCGCUUCGAGAUGAAGACCUUGGAAGCAUCUGGGCCCCGUUCGCCUCCUCGCUCUUCAUCUUCUUCCGUUUCCUAGAGGUCUCCUGGAAUAUGCUGGUCCAAGAUAUCCGGAAUGGUUCCAUAUCUGACAAGCUGAAGGCCCUAUCUUCCAGGGACCGGGAAGAACUCAACAGAUUCCUCUACCCAAUGCCCAUGAGAGCCUAUGAGAUAGAGAGACAGUUCCGCAAGGGAUUCGAUAACAUUGUUAGAAGGUUAUGGCCAAGAAUGCCUGUGCUGUAUGGUGUUACGUCUGGUUCUAUGCAACCAUUUGUUUCACGGCUCAAGAAGUAUUGCGGAGAUCUAAAAAUACUGUCGGGUUUCUAUAUUUCAACUGAGGGGCUUAUCGGAUACGCUUGUGAGUUCCCGGAUGACGGACAAACGAAAUACGUGUGCGCAGCAAGCGGUAUAUUCUGUGAAUUUAUACCGGCUGCUUAUUGCGAUGAUGAAAAUCCGGGUACUCUACUCAUGGAUGAGGUUCGAGUCGGAGAAAGCUAUGAGCUCGUCAUUACUAACACAGACGGUCUCUAUAGAUACAGAAUGGGUGAUGUCGUCCUUAUCACUGGAUUCUUCAACACCACACCCAUCUUCCAAUUUCAAUACAGGAACGGAGAACUGUUGAGUCUUUGUGCGGAGAAAACAUCUGAAAUAGCAGUGACCAAAGCUUUGAAUGAAACAGCAGAGAAAUGGGACGACGUCGGCAUCGCCCACUACGUGUGUGCGGAGAGCCCCCUGUAUGAUGAAGCAAGAGGUGCCAAUGAUGACUUGUCAACGGACAUUCUUUAUUACGUCAUCUUUGUUGAGCUUUCAGCUGCCAAAGACACAAAGCUGGCAUCAGACAUCACUGAACACAUGAAGUUUGAGGCCGAAUUUGACGCCAAUCUGAAAACCUUCUCGGAGUCUUACGACAGGUGCAGGGAGAAAAGCAAGCUGGGCCCUCCUCGGGUCAUCUUCCUCGAUCAAUACGCCUUCUCCAACUUCAGGGGACUUCUACUGGAGACCUCAUCGGCAUCGGCUGCCCAGCUCAAGAUACCCAAGAAGCUCCGGAAGUUGAAGUGGGUCCAGCUCUUCUUAAACCAUAAGAUCAAGAUCACCGUCGCGGAUGAUAAUCAUAACGAUGAGGAGAAAGAUAGGCCCAAAUCCAACGAAGACCUUGUAUAAAUGAAUCCCUAUUAUUAAGCGCAUAUAAUAUAACAAGGGUGUUAUCUAUCCAGCCAGGGAAUGUUCUCCCUUAUGAAUUAGUUCGGUAAACCCCGCUAUUCGUCUAAGAAUGUAAACAAAACCCGCAAAUUAAACUAAGAGAUCAAAGUUAUGGUCGCUUAUGACUUUGAUAAAGCUAAGAUUAUAGGCUCAAAUGAUAUAACGCAUACUUUUCUUUUUGAAAAAAAGUAGUAAACCCCUUCGUUAACCCAGGCAUUGUCAGGCAUCUGGAAAAAAAAAAACCUCUGAGUAUAUCGGUAACAACUGGUGAAUAUCUCUGAUGCUCCCAAAAAUCUCAGCAUUUUUUGUAAUAUUUAUGAAAUAUUUUGUAAAAUGUACAGGGUAUUUGGAAGUGUAAACUGUAAAUUUAUAUCGCCAAUCUUUGAAGUGAUUCUGUAUGUCAUGAAUUCUCUAGAGUUAUUGAUCACACUAAUGAAAGUUUGCAUUCAUUAUUUGACUUCCAUACGAGCUGAUUUGACGAACCUUUCUCAUAAUGUCACCUUGAUAUAAGAAACUGUUAACACGAUUGUUAAAAAUUUUACGACAAUGAAGUUGUUUUUAUCAUGUUCGCAAAUUAUUUUGAAUAAUUCUUCCCCAUUAGCUUACAAUAAAAAAAAAACAAUCCUAGUUCACAACUUUCUGUGUUUGACUAAAUAAAAGUGUACGUGUACUUGAAAUAGCGCCAUAGAUUGAUUUUAGCAAAAGUAUUACUUGGAUAAUGUUUCUAAGCCUAUCUUGGUCAUGAGACGUGAAACUCAUGUAGGAUGUUCACGGAUACUCCAUUACUCUUAUAUGUCCAAGUUUCAUGAUCUAGAUUCAUGCAUGCACACUUUCAAAGUUUUGAAAUUAAAAAAAAAAAUCAACCUUGGUUAAUGACUUUUGUAGAAAAGGUUGCCCAUUCAAUUGACUCUUCUUCUCACACAGUUGGUAUAUUCCUGGACUUCUCCAAGGCCUUCGAUGCGAUAAAUCAUGACAUUUUACUUUAUAAACUCAAUCAUAUCGGUGUCCGUGGAAAGGCCUUGGAGUGGUUCAGGAGUUUACCUCUCUAACAGAAAACAAUUUGUUUAUUUAAAUGAGCAAGAAUUUGAUUUUAGAAAUAUUACUUGUGGUGUUCCACAAGGGAGUCUUUUAGGCCCUUUGUUGUUUAUUCUUUAUAUAAAUGAUUUUCAUAAAUCGUCCAAAUGUUCUUGUUGAUGUCGUCAAUGCAGAGUUGCGAAAUGUUUUAGAAUGGAUAAGGACCAAUAAACUAUCAUUAAAUCUUUUGCAGACGAAUUACAUAUUAUUUAGUAACUCCUUAGCUUCAUUACCAACUCAAAAUAUGUGUGACAAUACCCAAUUUAAGCAAGUUUCUCAUACAAAAAUUUAAGGUGUUUUGGUUGAUAGCAAGCUCUCCUGGAAAUUACAUAUCGAAAAUAUUUGCAAAACAAUCUCUCGAAAUAUUGGUAUCAUUAAUAGACUAAAAUCACAUCUUCCACAACCAUCUUUGCUUAUUCUUUAUUAUUCUCUUGUUUUACCCUGCCUAAAUUAUGGACUUUUGCUUUGGGGAAACACUCAUCAAACUCUGUUAGAAAAAAUUAUAUUGUUACAAAAAAAAGUAAUUCGUAUAAUCUGCAAUGCUCCGUUUCGUGCCCACUCGGAUCCACUUUUCCUAGAAGAUAAUAUUCUCAAAGUAAACGAUCUCUACUUGUUUCAUCUUGGAGAAUUUAUGUAUAAAUUCAAUUCUGGUGCUCUUCCCUUAGUUUUUCGUGACAUGUUUAUAAAGAAUCAAACUAUUCAUAAAUAUCCCACUAGACAGUCUGAAGAAUUUCAUUUACCUUUACUAAAAACACUUUCAGCACAAAAUACAUUCAUUUUUGAAGGUCUUAAAUUUUGGAAUACUUUGCGCAUAGAUUUGAAAAACUCCCCUUCACUCGCAGUCUUCAAAAGAAAACUGAAGACAUUUUUAUUGGUUUCGUAUAAAACCUAGCUCUCCUUGUUGUACUUAUUGUCCCUUCUUGUAUUGUCAAUAUUAUCACUAUUAUCAUGAUUAUUUUUGUUAUUAGUAUCAUGAUUACUAUUAUUAUUAUGAUUAUCAACAUCAUUAACAUUAUUAUUAUCUCUAUUAUUACUGUCAUUGUUAUUAUUGUUGGUAUCCGAAGAACUCGUCACCACUGCUCAACCAGGCAUACACUUUGAUCCGUUUCCUUUGCGCGUUUAUUUCAUACUCGUUAUACAUCACCUGUGAAACUUUUUCUUAUUUUAGUUCUACUCAUCUUCUCUCCUCGUUAUUCUUCGUAAAGUACUCAUUUCAUGCAUCAUGCUAUUGUUUAUUUCACAUUUUCCCCCCUCUUUUGGCCACUAUCAUUAUUUUAAUUAUGUAAUUUAAUAUUAAUGAAUAAUUUGAUUUGAGGGGUCCACGAUUUACAAGCACAGCUUCACAGUGGACCUCUCUAUUUCCAGCAUGUUAUUUUCAGCCACAAAUAUUUCGUGAUCCAUAUUAAGUUUCAAAUAUAUAAUUUAGAUGAAUAUA